AAUCAGUUUAAUAACUUUGAAUCUAUUACUAACAGGCAGUCUUACCAAACAACACUAGACCUUACUGUUACACUUUUCAGAGCAAUGACUGAUAAGACUGAUUACUUUACUAAUCAAAAUGAGUAUUUUUGCUUAGACCUCCUAGAUGGCUUAAUUGAUAUGUCUUUCGAUGAAUAUGAUUUUACCGUUGACGAAAAACGAUUUCUUCUUUCAUAUAGAGAUAAAGCUAAUAACAUUAGAGAUAAUACUUUUAAUGGCAUAUUGCACCAUUUGUAUUUUAAUGUUGUUUAUAAUAAAGUCGAUUCUAUUGAUAUUGUUCUAAAACUGAUUAAGGAACUUAAAUUGGAUCUCUGGACUAUGUUCAAGAAAAAAUUUCCAUUAAACGGAUGCGACUUUUCUACCGGUAGUCUCGGAGGGAAUCACGAAGCAUUCAUUAAAAUAACGGAAGCAGGAGCCUCUAACAGAACAACAAUAGUGGAACACCAGUAUGAUUGGUCCUACUUUAACUUGUUUUUUGAUGAUGAUGAAGACUACGAUACGUGGGGGCAAAAUUGGGAUGAUAUGUCUGGAAAUCCUCUCAACUUCCGUGCAAUUCAACUUCUGGAUCUUUAUAGGAGGUUCACUUAUCUCGAUAAAUCUGAAUUGCCCGAAAUGGCUGUGCGAGUACUCUGGAGCUCUAUCCCAGAUCCUCUUCUGACCAAGACCGAUAUUUUUAGAAUUUUUAAGGGGAUCAGUCCUAGAUACUAUCAGAAGAUAAAUGACGUAUGGCAAUGGUACUGCAAUCUAGUAAAUUAUGAGGAAACGUCUGAUAAGCGUCCAAGAUCUCUGAAACAUCUUUCAAGAUGCAUCAUCAGAAACAGAUUAAGAGACAACAUUAAGUUGCCCGAAGGAGUGGAAGAACUGGGCGUUCCCAAACAAGUCCAGAAGUAUUUACUUCUGAAAGAUUUCUACACGAUAGAUUGAAUACUUGAACUUGGAAUCAUUUAUUCAAAGUAUUUCAUGAGAGAUAUUAAGGACUAAUCUCGAAAGGAUUUGAAUGUUUUAAUUAUGAUAUCUCCAUACGUUAUUGUUUCCUAUGAACACACUCUUUGCGCUAUUAGUUCCACUGUUGAACGUGGAAUAUUUUUUCUUCAUAUUAAUAAACAGUGUACGAUUGACUUUUGUUUGCGACUUUCAAAUAAAUUUUUUCUUAUUGA